UGCGUAAAGAGGUACCACUAUGUGACCUAAGCUACGAAGAAGAAACUUCCACGGCGUUUUCCUCGGUGGAUGGCCUGUUCUGGAACUAAACUGUGAAAGCUGCAUUGAAACGAAAUCUGUGUGGGAUAAAGUCACUGAGAUGUGCGUUAAAUUAGGUUUCAUAAUUAAGUUGUGCAAAAUAUAUGAAGUUAAAAGAUUAGCUGACAAACUUUUAACUCAUAGCUAGGUAGAACUGCUAUUUGAUAAUCGCUAUCAGGGCUCUUUCAGCAACCCUACCAGAAGGCAUAUGAUCGCUAACUAGGUGCUGUUGUCACUGUGACUGAGUCUUAAACAUAGUAAGAAUCUACUUUUCCUCCUUCUGACUCUCUCUGGGCAGUCCCUUACCAUGAAUGAAGUCAGUAUAGUGAGAGAGGGAUGGCUUCACAAAAGAGGUGAAUAUAUCAAAACAUGGAGGCCUAGGUAUUUUAUCCUAAAGAGCGAUGGCUCUUUCAUCGGUUACAAAGAGAAACCAGAUUUAAAUGACCAACCUUCCCCACCACUGAACAACUUCUCAGUGGCAGAAUGCCAGUUAAUGAAGACUGAAAGACCCAGACCUAAUACAUUUGUCAUCCGUUGUCUGCAGUGGACCACUGUUAUUGAACGUACUUUUCAUGUAGAAAGCAACGAAGAGAGAGAGGGGUGGAUAAGGGCAAUCCAGUAUGUAGCGAACAGUCUGAAAAUGCAGGAACAGGGGGAAGAGGAACCAAUGGAUGUUCUCAGCUCACCAAACGAAAGCAGCCUGGUGGAGAUGGAGGCAGUUAUAUCCAAGAGCUGCACCAAAGUGACAAUGAGUGACUUUGAAUAUCUGAAGCUGCUUGGAAAGGGUACCUUUGGGAAGGUGAUUCUUGUCAAAGAAAAGACAACUGGAGUACAUUAUGCCAUGAAAAUACUGCGCAAAAUGGUGAUAAUAGCCAAGGAUGAAGUGGCCCACACGGUUACAGAGAGCCGAGUGUUACAGAACACCAAACAUCCUUUCCUCACGACACUGAAAUAUGCCUUCCAAACCCACGAUCGACUCUGUUUUGUAAUGGAAUAUGCUAAUGGAGGCGAGCUCUUCUUCCACCUCUCACGUGAACGAGUCUUCACAGAAGACCGGGCACGUUUCUAUGGUGCUGAGAUUGUAUCAGCACUUGAGUACCUCCAUUCACGUGACGUUGUUUACCGUGAUUUGAAGCUGGAGAAUUUGAUGCUGGACAAAGACGGACACAUUAAAAUAACUGAUUUUGGCCUUUGUAAAGAGGGCAUUACUCCAGAUGCAACAAUGAAAACCUUUUGUGGAACACCUGAAUAUCUGGCUCCUGAGGUCCUAGAAGAUAAUGACUACGGCCGCGCAGUGGACUGGUGGGGUCUCGGUGUAGUUAUGUAUGAAAUGAUGUGUGGCCGAUUGCCUUUCUAUAACCAAGACCACGAGCGCUUAUUUGAGCUCAUCCUAAUGGAGGAGAUCCGCUUUCCUCGGAACCUCUCACCUGAGGCCAAGUCCCUGCUGGCUGGCCUGCUCAAGAAGGAUCCCAAGCACAGGUUAGGAGGAGGUCCCAGUGAUGCCAAAGAAGUAAUGACUCACAAAUUUUUUAUCACCAUCAACUGGCAUGAUGUGGAACAGAGAAAGCUGACCCCCCUCUUCAAACCGCAAGUAACAUCAGAGACAGAUACCCGGUACUUUGAUGAGGAGUUCACAGCACAAACAAUCACACUCACUCCCCCAAACAAGUAUAACAGUCUGGACUGUGAGGACCCCAGCCAAGAAGCUCAUUUCCCCCAAUUCUCCUAUUCUGCUAGCAUAAGAGAGUGAUAGCAUCUCUGCCACACACACACACACGUGUAUAAACACCUUGGUUACAAUCAUACAGCCAUAAAAAUAAGUAGAGCUUUCAUUUUUAAAGAGGUGUUACUCUUAGCACGAUUUCAGUGCCUUACCUGGGAGCCUUAUUGUUAAAAUCUGUCUUUGUCCACAGAAAGGAAAAAGCCUAUCCACAGUGACUAUACUGUAACAUAAGAACUUCACAUAGCCAUCAGUGCAGUUUAACAACAUAAUCAAGACCAUCAGACCUACAAAGAUGGUGCUGCUGUUUGUACCAUUCUUUUUUUCUUUUUCUUUUUAUAUUCAAUGAAUAAGCCAUGCAACUCCCCAUGACACUUGUAAGUCCUCUAAUUCAAUCCUGGCUGUGACCUUUGGUGAAAUAUAUGAAGAAGGGAGGAGAGCAGCAGUUAAUCUUACUAUUACACCAAAAAAUCCUGCAUGUCUGUUUUUUGAACAUUUUUUUCUUCUGUAUUAUUAGCUCAUUGAGUAUUAAGGAAUAAAUUAUAAUAUUAUACAAAUGGAA